AUGUCAUCUCUCUGCAGCUCCAAUACCACAGAGAUUAUGUUCAUUUUAACGGGCAUCCCCGGGCUGGAAGCAGCACACAUCUGGCUCUCCAUCCCCUUCUCUUCCAUUUACCUUGUCGCACUGGUAGGGAACUGCACGAUCCUGUUGAUCAUCAAGACCGAUCCCAGCCUCCAUGAGCCCAUGUACUAUUUCCUCUCUAUGCUGGCUCUCACUGAUAUGGGCUUGUCGCUCUCUACAAUGCCAACGGUGCUGAGAAUAUUCUGGUUGAACUCCAGGGAAAUCAGCUUUGAUGCCUGCUUUGCUCAGCUUUAUUUUGUGCAUACGUUCUCCUUCAUGGAGUCCACAGUGCUCCUGGCCAUGGCCUUUGACCGCUACAUGGCCAUCUGCAAACCUCUGAGAUAUGCCUCCAUCCUGAACAGUGCCAGAAUCGCCAAGAUAGGGGUGGCCAUCCCAUGCCGAUGCAUUGUAGCUGUGACGCCAUCGCUCUUCCUGCUGAGAAGAUUGCCGUUCUGCAGGUCCCGUGUGCUUUCCCAUUCAUACUGCCUGCACCAGGAUAUGCUGAGGCUGGUCUGUGCAGACACCACGUUCAACAGUCGGUAUGGCUUAGCGGUCGUCAUUGUCAUCAUUGUUUUAGAUCCAUUGCUCAUUGUUGUAUCCUAUAUUAUGAUCAUUAAGACAGUUGUGGGCAUCGCUUCCCCAGAAGAACGUCUCAAGGCCUUCAACAACUGUCUGUCCCACAUCUUUGCUGUGCUAGUACUGUACAUCCCCAUGGUCGGCUUGUCCCUGGUCCAUAGAUUUGGCAAACACACUUCUCCUCUGGUUCAUGUCCUCAUGGCAAACAUUUACCUGCUUGUCCCCCCUGUGCUGAAUCCCAUCAUUUACAGCAUCAAAACGAAGCAGAUACGCAAGGGGGUCCUCAGGCUCCUUGGUCAAAGGAUGACUUAUUCAGACUAA